AGGUGAGCAGGAUCCUCCGCAUUAUGAAGGCUCCACAGCAGACAGGGGGACGCACUGACCAAAUGCUAGGAGCCAUGGGGGAUAUUCUAACAUCGCUGGCCCUACCCAGCCAACCCUGGCUGCCAGACCUGUACUCACAAGAGCAGGGCGCUGAGAUGCAACCCCAGGCUAGCAACGAAAACAACAGGGGGCAGCCUGACAUGGGAUCCCAGCAAGAUGCAGUAGCACCCUCAGAGAUCCCAGGGGUUCAGAUCACGGAAGAAGAUCCGUACUCUGUUGCAGGCAGUGAUGGCAGCAUCUCUGCCUCAGUGGCCUCAAUCCAGCCACAGGCAUCUAGCAGCUCAGCUCCCAGUUCCCCGGCUUCCCGCCACUCAGUUAGCACCCUCAAGAAAUGGCUUACCAACCCUGUUCGCAAGCUAAGUGGUGGUGGGCUACCUCGGGGAGAACGCCCACUCAGGAAAACAGAAGGCCGGACAAGGCGCCAUGGGCGCCAGGAGGAACGCAAGAGUAUUGACCUAGGCCUCCUCAGCCAACCAGAGGGACCCUUUGCUGUUCCACAGGAGUCAAUCAGCACUGAUGGCAAUACUCAUCUCCCAGACCUUCCCUUACUCUCCAACCUGCUAGAAGGAGAUGGCUUAAAAACACCCAGCCAGGAUCCUGAGCCCUCUCUGCUCCCCACUGAUCCCAGAACUCCAGAGUCUACCUUGGAGCCUCUUGUGCAACCCACAAACUCUGAGGAGCAGGAAGAGGAGGAGAGGCAUAGUGCCUUAGAAAAGAGUAUGUUUGUUCUCAGGGAGUUGAUUGAAACCGAGAAGAUGUACGUGGAAGACCUGGGCCAGAUUGUGGAGGGCUAUAUGGUGACCAUGAAUACCCGUGGCAUCCCUGAGAGUAUGAAGGGCAAGGAUAAGAUCAUCUUUGGGAACAUCCACCAGAUCUAUGACUGGCAUAAAGAUUAUUUACUCAAGCAGCUGGAGAAAUGUCUGGAGGAUCCUGAUCUUCUGGCUGAGCUGUUCAUAAAGCACGAGCGCCGAUUGCACAUGUAUGUUGUUUACUGUCAGAACAAACCCAAAUCUGAGCAUAUUGUUUCUGAGUUUAUUGACACUUACUUUGAGGAACUGAAGCAGGAAUUGGGGCAUCGCCUGCAGCUCAAUGAUUUACUUAUCAAGCCCGUACAGCGGAUCAUGAAAUACCAACUGCUGCUCAAGGAUUUCCUGAAGUAUUAUAGCAAAGCUGGGAAGAACACGGAACAGCUGGAGAAAGCUGUAGACGUUAUGUGCUUUGUUCCCAAACGUUGCAAUGACAUGAUGAAUGUGGGACGUCUUCAAGGCUUUGAGGGGAAGCUGACUUCACAAGGGAAGCUGCUGCAGCAGAACACUUUUUGGGUGAUAGAGCAGGCAGGCGGGAUCCUGGCCCGGGCUCGUGAGCGUCGCAUCUUUCUCUUUGAGCAAAUUGUCAUCCUAAGUGAGACCUUGGAGCGAAGGCGUGGUCCAUAUGCUGCCCCAACAUAUGCCUUUAAGAGCAGCAUCAAGUUAAGCAGUUUGGGCCUGGAGCCUUGUGUGGACAAUGAUCCCUGCAAAUUUGCACUGAUCUCUCGUGGCGCAGAACGGGGCACCGUCCGUUAUGUACUGCAGGCAGCAACACCGGAAAUUGCCCAAGCCUGGGUGACUGACAUCAACCUCAUCUUGGAGACCCAACGUGACUUCCUUAAUGCACUGCAGUCACCCAUAGAGUACCAGCGUCGGGAGAGCAAAACCCACAGUCUAGGACGAACGGGGGCUCUGCACCACUCACUGACAGGUGGCUCAACCCGGCCCUCUUCCUCGACCUCCAUGGACCAGAACAAGGGAUCCAGCCUCCAGGCCCACAAUGCCUCUCUGCCUUCCCUUUAUCUUCCUGGUCCUGCCCCACCUGAGCCCCUCCCCUCUGUCGAGCCAUCUCACAGCCAAAGCUCUCCAGGGCCUGAAUCCUCUCACAUACCUUCUGAGCAACCUGACAUGCAGCUCUCCAGUGUCCCUCAGCAAGAAACCCAGCAAUUGAUCCUGAUUGAAGAUGAGGCCAGGCCACUGCUCCCCGAUCCUGAGGUCCCAGAAAUUAAUGUCCCUCAAGGUAGUGCCCAACUUGCCAAACUUGACGAGGAUGAGCUGUGACCCUUGGCCUGCAAGAUGGUGGCCUCUGUCAGACAGGCACUUCAACUGGGGAAAUCGAACGCUUCUCCCACAUCCCUCCUCCCUCUCUCUGGCUGCUCUGGAGGAAAGAGAAAUGUAGCAACAGCGGGAUGGAAAGUUUUGUUGUCCUCUGAUUCUGCUCAAAAUGCCCAGACUUCACCCCCUUCCUCGUAUGGGUGCAGGACCCCAUAUUGGGACCAGAGCAAACAGCUGAAGGCUCUUUCCUAGACCCCAGUAUAUGCAUGCUGUGGGGCUCUAGGGCUUUACGUGGGGGGCUCUUGGAUGAGGGGGUUUAGAUUAUGUGAAAUGAGAAUAUUUUGUUCGUUGUAAU